AUGCCAGAUAUUAUCCCGGAGCUCCAGACCCAGGCCCUCGGCCUUCCUCUGACAAGCUUGAACCCAAAGAGCCUUGGAAAGAGUAUUGUCAUUUAUGGUGGCUCAUCAUUCGUUGGUGUGGCUGCUACUCAGAUCUCAAUCGCGAUCGGGUUGAGAGUGAUUGUGAUUAUGAACACGUACGCCCAUGACCUUGAGAUUUGGUCAAGAUCCGAGGGUGGCCAUCUCAUAUGUACACAUCCUCCACCGAGUGACAUACGACUCAAUCUCAAGACUGGCAUGGUAUUCGGCGUUCAUGAUGUCGCCGAAUCCACAUGGACAAAUUUUGUCACCCCAGCUUUUGAAAGCGGACAUCUAAAAUGCUUACCCAGACCGCCAAUCGUCGGGAAAGGCCUGGGUUACAUUCAGAAGGCUCUAGUAUGUCUGGAGUUAAGCGGACAGAAACUUGUCGUGGAUCUAUCACGAGAAGAAAAAGAAUCGUACAAGCGCGCCUCGCACGAAGUUAAAUCCUACCAAUCAUCCGCUAUCUUACACGCAGCCCGAGAAUAG